AUCAAGAGAAGAAAAUUGGAAAUAUUCAAAUGGAUUAAAUUAUUUCGUCAAAAAAUGGCAUAUAUCAGCGAAUCGGUAGCAGAAAGCAUACUUGUUGUUUUCUCAUGUGACAUUUUUUUUCCCUCCCAAAUAUGUUUUAUUGAAUGGAUCAAAGAUCAUUAUCAUUCUGAAUGAUCGAUUAUAUGGCCGUUUGGCUAAUUUUUAUGAAUAUCAUUUUUAGCUAGUAUAUGAUGGCUGUGCCAAAAUUAACAGGCUUAUUUUUCUGGUUACUAUUGUUUUUAUCAUCUUUUCUUGGGUCCAUAUUUCUUCUUUUUCCAUUUAUCCCACUUGUAUAUUUUGCUCCAUGUGUGUGGCGUACCAUAGCUGAUUGUUUCAUUGGUUAUUGGCUAUUUUUACCUUCAUCAUUAUGUGAUUAUAUACUGGGAGUGAAAUUUCACAUCACUGGGGAUAUGAUAAGUUGUUCCGAACCAGCGUUGAUCAUCAUGAAUCACAGAACACGACUUGAUUGGAUGUUCUUUUGGAAUGCACUUUACAAGAUGGAUCCAUGGUUACUUACAACUGAGAAAAUAUCAUUGAAACAACCGUUAAAAUGUAUUCCUGGCGCAGGAUGGGCAAUGCAAUGCGCAGCUUAUUUGUUCUUAGAACGUAACUAUAAAAGUGAUGCUGAUACCAUUAAUGAUAUGAUCACUUAUUACAAAGAUGUGGGACGUCAUUACCAGAUUUUGCUGUUUCCGGAAGGAACCGAUCAUAGUAAACGAGCUGCAAAGCGUAGUGAUGAAUUUGCAAUGCAACGCGGUUUACCGAUAUACCACUUUGUUUUACAUCCCCGUACGAAGGGUUUUUCUUAUAUGAUACAAGUAAUGCGUCAAAAAAGUUACCUAAAGAAUGUUUACGACAUAACGGUGGGAUAUCCAGAUGAGAUCGUCAGUUCAGAAUUGGAAAUACUCCAAAACGGCCGCUUUCCACAUGCUGUACACUUCGAUGUAAAGAAAUAUAAUGAAAAUGAUUUACCUAAAGAUAACUGUGGUUUGGCUAAUUGGAUCAAUAAAAUUUGGAGAGAGAAAGAGAAUCGAUUGGAGAAUUUUUAUAAGGCUGAUGUCUCCCACAGACAGUUUUUGCCGUGUAGUGAGAAAGAGAAGUGGCCGGUACAUACGGCAGGUAUUGGUUAUUACUGUGCAUUUUUAUUUUGGAUAGCGAUAUCUGUAGUAUGGAUUUACUUCAUCAUUUGUUUUUUCUUUGUCAGGAUUUACGUGUUCUUUGCUUGCCUUUUUUACGUCUUUUGUCACUGGCAAUAUGCUGGUGUACAAAAUUUAGCACUGCAAUUAUUCAAGCAACAACAACAACAACAACAAAUGAAUCAGAAAUUUGAAUAAUAUUCAAGUAUACACACUCAUUGUUUCUUGUAUUUUAUACCUCGGGGAAAUACUUUGAUAUGUUGUACUUCUUUACAUCGAAGUAAGAAGAAUUGCGUGAACUUUCGCUUUUUGCGUUUUCUUCCAUUAUUUAUUCAUCAAUUUUUUUCCAUGUUACACCCAUCCUAGAUAUGUUUUGGUUCGUAAUAUGAGGAGGCAAUGCUGAUGAACGCCAAAUGAGAGUUAUGCUUCUCUAGCUUCAGUUAAUC